UACUGAACGAUAGUUCGAAAAAACCUCGAGUGCGAAUUUGUGUUCGCGAACAGUGAUUUGCAAUCAAAUUAUAUUAAUACAAUAACAAUAAUCAUGCUAUCCAGCCUCAGGACUGGAGCUCAAGGUUUGUGGAGAGUGUCGUCUAGGGCUCUUCAGACGACUGCAAACUUACAGCAUGACAGCCUGUUCGUUCACCGCGACACUCCAGAAGACAACCCCAGUAUUCCAUUCGAAUUUACGUCUGAAAAUCAAAAGCGUGCAGAUGCCCUCCUAAACAUAUACCCGGAAGGUCACAAGAGGGGGGCAAUGAUUCCUCUACUAGAUUUGGCUCAGCGUCAGAACGGCGGCUGGUUACCCAUUUCUGCCAUGCAUAAAGUUGCUGAUAUGCUUAGCUUGCCUAGGAUGAGGGUUUAUGAAGUUGCUACUUUUUACACUAUGUUUAUUAGGCGACCAAUUGGCAAAUACCAUUUACAAGUAUGCACAACAACACCUUGCUGGCUGCGUGGUUCUGAUGCUGUUCUGAAGACUAUAACUGAAGCUACUGGAUGUCAUGUUGGAGGAAAUAGUCCCUGCGGAAAGUUCUCUGUGUCCGAGGUAGAGUGUUUGGGCGCCUGUGUUAACGCACCUAUGGUACAAGUUAAUGACGAUUAUUAUGAAGACCUAACGAUUGAAGACACAAAGGAAAUCAUCGAGAAACUGAAGAGAGACGAGAAACCGAAACCUGGACCAAGGAACGGCAGAUUCGCCGCUGAACCUCUCGGAGGACUAACAUCUCUGACGGAAGAACCCACCGGCCCCGGUUAUGGAGUCCAAGACGCGCUGAAAGCGUAGACCGAUGUUGCUUAAUAUUAUUGUAAUAGGAAUAUUUAAAUAAAAUCAUGUAUAGAGACA